AUGUUACUUAACAUUGUAUUCGCUAAUGUCUGGAUGUUGGUGGCCUUGCCGGUCAUUUACUGGCUGGGUUGGCUCAUCUACACACUCACCUUCCACCCUUUAAGAAAGAUUCCAGGACCCUUUUUAGCAACCAUCUCACGUCUGUGGUAUAUGCGCAAGAUCUGGACAGAAGAUGUUGAGAAGGAUGAAAGAGCUCUUCACGCCAAGUAUGGCCCGCUCAUCCGCAUUGCACCAAAUGAAGUAUCAUGCUCCGACAGCCCCGAGGCUUUCGCGACCAUCUAUCGCUUCUCCAACGCAUUGGACAAAGCACAAUUCUAUGAGCCCUACAACACAACCGGUUUCAGUCCCCAUGGUGACGUCUUCUCAUGUAAGAGCGACAAAAAGCACGGCCAAAGGCGAAGGAUCACCAGUAACAUCUACUCCAUGACAAAUGUGACCAAGUCAGAGGAGUACAUCGAUUCUUGUAGUGAUCUCCUGACGGAGAGAUUGGGCCAGUUCGCAGAUUCAGGCAAGCCUUGUGAUAUUGGAGAGUGGCUUCACUGGUACACAUUCGACAUUAUCGGCGAACUAUUCUACGGCCGUGCUUUCGGAUUCAUUGACGAAGGCAAGGAUCAGAAUGAUUGGAUUAAGUCUCUGGACAAAAUGAUCCCAUUCGUUUGCUUAAUGGGUGUUGCUCCGCCAGCUUUGCGACCCUUGAUCGGCAUGGGAUGUAUGCUAUCGUCUGCGGGUAAAGAAAUUGCAAAGGGAGUCAAAAAUAUCGGAGAGUCGUCCGCACGGCUAAUGGAGGAGGCCUAUACCUCCCGUCUCGAGGCUCCCCGAACCGAUAUGACCCAACAAGUCUUCAACAUAUAUGAGAAGAAUGGCGAGAAGAUGGACUACCGCUGGGGUGAUGUUGAGCAAGAGUCAUAUGGCGCGCUUUUUGCAGGCAGUGAUACUACGGCCAUUGCUUUCCGCUCAUUGUUCUACCAUCUCAUGCACAGUCCCGAAGUCUACCGUCGACUCGAGGCUGAGAUUGAUCAAGCAGUUGAGGAACGUUAUCUAAGUAUGCCUGCUACCUACAAACAGGCGAGCCAAUUGCCGUAUCUCUGCGCUUGCAUCAAGGAAGCUCUUCGUAUCUGGCCCGGCGCACAACUUUCCCUGCCCCGAACAGUACCUCCUGAGGGUAUGACCCUAUGCGGCCAGUUCAUCCCUGGAGGCUAUGUUGUUGGCAUCAACGCAGCCGUGAUGCAUUUCGACAAAAAGGUUUUUGGCGCGGAUGCAGAGACCUUCAACCCUGAUCGAUGGAUGGACCCAGCCCGCGCUAACUACAUGGACAAGUACAUGAUGGCUUUCGGUGGUGGCACUCGUACCUGCCUGGGUAAAAACAUUGCCUUGAUCGAGCUGCACAAGCUAACUCCUCAGCUUAUUCGACACUAUCGGUUCGAGUUUUAUGACCAGGCCAAGACCCAGUGGCAUACUAGAAACACCUUCUUUGCUCGACAGGAGGGCAUCAUCGCCCGUGUCAAGCACCGAAAGCACUAG